UUUUUGACUCUUUACUCUUCUCCAUUUGCCCUAGAGGCCGCCUUUUCUCCUCUAUCCAGUCAGCCAUCGCCGACGUCCCUCGGGCCAACUGAUACCACUGGAGUGCAGCUCUCUUCCUCUUCAAUCUAUUUUUCGGCUUAAAGUCUCUCUCACUCUCACCGUUGCCGCCGACAUCGUAAUGAUUUUUCGUGGCGAUCUUCUCAGUACUUAACUUGAAUGAGAAAGAAAGCACUAAGAAGAAGAAGAAGCUAUGGGAAGCACAAGUAUUGCUACUUUCAACUGGUUAAUGUGAUAAUGUUGUUUUAUAAUUGAUGUUUGUGAGGUCCAGUUUUUUAGAUAUAUUAUAGUAAAAGAUUUGGCCAACUAAUGAAGGCUUUUAAAGUUGUUCAAAAUGUCCUCCAAGGUUCAAAGUAUUGUGAAAUGAACCUAAAUGGUGCUCUGCAUUUUAAUGCAAUGUUAUAUCACUGUACAAGUGAUUCCGACAAAGAGGUCUUACCUCAUGAAUGGUAUGAAAAGGCGUUUUCAAAGUUGACAAGAUUGGCCCACUUGUUAAAAGAUGUGGAUUCAGUUGAUGGACGGCUUGUGAAUGCAAACGACAAUUCAAUCAUCAUCAGUGAUCGAAUUGAACAUAGAAUGAAUGCUUUCAAGUCACUUGUGAGAGUCUUUAUUGGGUCCCCAUCAGUUCAGCGAAUGCUAAAGAAAAAAAUAUCUUCAUUUGACUGUUUUGGUAAACCUAGUGAAAGGGAGCCCAUGAUUGUGAAUUCAUUAACCUUAGUGAGCAAUGUUUUGAAUGUUACAGCUCAACAGAGGAAAUUGGUGCGUCUAACAAUAUGUCCUCAGGUUACACAACACAGGAUAUGGAUGGGUGCCCUUGAGAAAAUAUUGAAUGAACUGAAAUUGGAGAUUGAUUUAUUGAAUUUCCAAUUCCCAAGUAAAGGAACUAAGAUGGGUAAGCAGAUAGUUUAUAGCUGCCUUAAGUUCUUGGAUGAGUCUGCUGUUUCUAAUGACUUUGAUUCUGCUUCAUGGAUUCGACUUUCACCUGCAAAAGUUGUUGACUCUCCUCGCAAAUGGGAGGAUGUUCUUGAGAUGUUUACUGAUCUCAUUAAUUGCUUGAAGAGUGAGAAGGAUUGGCUUUAUCAUUUGAAAACGAUUGAGGUGAUGAAAGAAGGUGUGUCUCAGAUUAGGGAUGUGUUAGUUGAUAACAGUAUUGGGUAUAAGGAUUCUAGGCACCAAGAAAGCCUUGUACAAAGGAAGCUAUCUAAGACAUUGGGACACUCGUCACGGUGCUUGUUCACACUUUUAUUGUAUUACCUCUACGGGCAGGUUAGAGAUCUUGAAGUGGAUUUGUGUGGAGCAAUGUAUGGGAACGGUAUUGAGAAUAGGCUUACCUUGUGCAUGGGAAGAGUUCUGACUUCAAAUGAGGAGAAGAUGGUUUGGAGUGGGGUUAAGCAGUUGGAUAGGGCUCUGGGGUUAUUCAAGUUUGUAUGGGAAACAGCAGGUAUGAAAGGGAAUCUGGAGUUGCAAGGUCACUUAUGGUUUGUAGGGCCUGAGGAGAGAUUUUUCACAUAUCGAGGAAAUGCCUUCUUUCUACAUGGGAUCAGUCUUGGACCUAAGAUUAACUCGUCAAAAGCUCUAUGAUGUUUUAAGUCGUUGCAGCUUGAGAGAAAUCUUUUACAUGGUUCCAUCCCUUCAUCUCUACUUCAUUUACCUAAUUUAUUGUAUCUAUCCAUGGCUUCGAAUCUUCUGGAAGGUCCCAUACCCCUUGAUAUUGAGAGUUUGAAUGCCCUGCAAUACUUAGAUCUCUCAGACAACAAAUUGAGUGGGAGGAUUACCCUGCAAAUUGGUGGCUUAUCUCUAUACUAGCUUGAUCUAAGCCAUAACAUUCUCCAAGGAGUGAAACCUUCCCAGUUUGAGAGUUUAACUCAAUUAAACAUUUUAAAUCUCAGUCGGAAUAAUUUAACGGGCAUGAUUCCUGAAUUUCUAGUUUAUGUGAGAAACCUCAAUUUAUCAUUUAAUUCCCUUAAGGGUCCAAAUCCAGAUGGGUUGUUGCAUUUUGCACCAGAGGAAUUUAAAGGCAACAAGGAUUUAUGUGGUUCCAUUCAAGGCUUCCUUCCUUGCCCUUCAUCCCCAUCUGUAAAUCAAGAAAGAAAUAGCAAAGUCAAGCACAAUCUGCUUGUCUUUAUUCUGGUUCCAACUUUGUUAUUUUUUGUCACAACUUUUGCAUUGGUGAUAUUCAUCCUUUGCCGAAAAUACAGCUAAAGCUUUGAAACAUGAUCCAAGUCCAACCAAAAAUGGGGAUUUAUUCUCUAUUUGGAAUUUUGAUGGAAAGAUUGCAUUUGAAGACAUCAUCAAAGCAACAGAGGAUUUUGAUAUCAAAUAUUGCAUUGGAACGGGUGGUUAUGGCAGUGUUUACAGAGUAGUCUGACCAAGUGGCAAAGUUGUUGCUUUAAAAAAACUCCACCGAUUGGAAGCUAAGCAGCCACAUUAAGAUACAAGUUUCCGAAAUGAGAUAAAGUUUUUAACAGAAAUACGACAUAAAAACAUCGUCAAGCUCCAUGGAUUUUGUCUCCACAAUCGGUGCAUGUUGGUCUAUGAAUAUAUGGAAAAGGGAAACUUGUUUUAUGCCUUAGCAUUGAUGAUGAAGUUGUGGAAAUGGAUUGGAUCAAAAGAGUGAAUAUUGUCAAAGGUGUCGCACAUGCUCUAUCUUACAUGCAUCAUGAUUACAACCCUCCAAUUGUUCAUCGAGACAUCUCAAGCAAUAACAUUUUGUUGAACUCUGAAUUGGAAGCUUUUAUUGUUGAUUUUGGGACUGCAAGAUUUCUUAAUCCUGAUUCAUCUAAUCAAACUGUAAUUGUUGGAACAUAUGGAUAUAUUGCCCCAGGUUUUUCA